CAAGUCAUUUGCAAAGGAGUAAAUCACCGAAAGCUGGGUGAGAGCGCGACAGGCUCCCGGUUCCAGCGUUUCCACUGGAAUUGUGAUUGUGAUGCGCAGGAGUCUUUCUUCUCUGCUGCUUCUUCUUGCCUUUGUUCUUCUUUUUCUCUUUUUUCACCGGAUAUCCAAUGGAACCGUGCUGAUUGUUGUACUGUUGUUGCAGUUGCUUUGCUUUUUUCCUCGCUAUCCCUGCUCUGGCUGCUUCUUGUCGCCGUUACUCACACUGCAACCAGCUUGUGUGUUGUGGCUGUGAGGGAAAGCUGAACAGCCCCGGCGGCGGACCCGAUUCUCUUUCCCCCAUUUUGGUCUGUGUGUGUAUGUGUGUGUAUGUGUGUGUUGUCGGCGUGUUACUCCCUCUCAGCACAGCACAGAAGCAGGGGGAAACAAUAAAAAGAGAAGGAAAAACACACACCAGAAAGCCUACUUUGACUGUGCUGAGCCAAACGCACAUUUAAGAAUAUUCAUUCCACGAAAGAUGAGUUCAUAUUUUGUAAACUCGCUCUUCUCGAAAUAUAAAAGUGGAGAUUCGUUACGGCCAAACUACUAUGAGUGUGGCUUCGCACAAGACCUGGCUGGCAGCCGGCCCACGGUGGUCUACGGACCGGGAUCCGGCGCUACCUUCCAGCAUACUCCGCAGAUCCAGGACUUCUACCACCACAGCUCGUCCUCGCUCCCAAGCAACCCCUACCAGCAGAGUCCGUGCGCGGUCACAUGUCACGGCGAGCCGGGGAACUUUUAUGGAUAUGACGCACUGCAACGACAGACAAUUUUUGGAACCCAGGACGCCGACUUGGUCCAGUACAGCGACUGUAAGCUCGGUGGCGCGACCGGACUGGGCAACGAGGACACGGAGGGAACCGAGCAGAGCCCUUCACCGACACAACUGUUUCCCUGGAUGAGGCCACAAGUAGCUGCUGGCAGAAGAAGAGGUCGGCAGACCUACAGUCGCUACCAGACUCUGGAGCUGGAGAAAGAGUUCCUGUUCAACCCCUACCUAACCAGGAAACGCCGAAUCGAGGUGUCGCACGCAUUAGCGUUGACAGAGCGGCAGGUUAAGAUCUGGUUCCAAAACCGCAGGAUGAAGUGGAAAAAGGAGAACAACAAGGACAAGUUCCCCAGUAGCAAGAGUGAACAGGAGGCGGUGGAACGGGAGAGGAGGGAGAAGGAACUGCGAGAGGCCGGUGGUGGUAGCGGUGGAGGCAGUGGAGAAGGGGGUGGAGGGGCAGGCACGGGGUCGGGUACGGCGGGGUCUCAGGGCUCCGUCAGUGAGGACUGCUGUGAGAAAACACACAAACAAAUGUAAAGAGAGGCAGAUAAUUUCGAGGGAUCGGGGGUGGCUAAUCUAAAAGGCCAAUAAAGGUGAUGGUUGAAGUUGGAUCAGUGGACUAUUUUAACUUUAACGAGGCCAAUAAACUACCUGCUCUCUCCGUGAUUCGUCAGAUGAGUCUCCAGAAUUGUAAGAGCGAUGAGUUGGAAGGACUGAAGGUUUGAUGACUGUCAAAACCACAGGAAAGAGCUAAAAGGCAAAAAAUAAAAAUAAAAUAACUCAAACCGCUGUAGAUCAACUUAAUUGGAUGGCACUUAUCAAAUAUGUAACUCCCACCCCAGCCCUCACGAACAAGAUAAAAGAAAUAAGAUUAAAGGGUAGCUUCCUUUUUUUGUGGAACAAGUAUCGUGAAACAUUUCUAUAUUGUUAGAACUUUAUCAUUAACAGUUUCAUCUUUGGCAGCUGUAUAGUUUUUAAGUUAAAUAUGAUGGUGCACUUUUUACUGUAAUUCUCACGUCAAUGUUCUUGUUGUUAUGACUAUGAUUUAUGAUAAUUAUGAAGAUGAUGAUUAAUGAAAUUUCCAACAACAUGAAACUGCCUAUUUAUGCCGAUUCAGUAGGUUGAGUCUCUCAUUUUUUACACACUGUCAUUUUAGUUCGUUUUUUGACGUAGCCUAUGUCAAGGAUAUUUGUUUUAUGUUGUAUUCCUAUAUCGUUUAGGAAAAAGAGCAUGCGCACAGUGCAGAUGAAAAAAGAUAGUAAAUAAAAAUAACAAUAAAAUUUGUUGAAAAAACUGGCUAUAUAUAUGAUUGUUUUCUGGAAUGUUCUCUGAGCCAGUGAGAAUGAUAGUUUAAAUAACUUGGUCAAAUCUUUAAAUGUCUCAUUUUGAUGUUAACUAGAAUUCUCACUGCCGUUUUUCAUUAUUCAGCCUGUAUAAUGAUUAUGUAUCUAAUCUUUAAAUCCCAGUCUCAUUUCCCUGUCCUUGUUGUUUCAUUCCCAAUGAUCUAAACACAUUUCGUUAAAUGGCAAAACGUUAACACUGAACUUAAACCUACUCUUUUAUUAUCUCCACCUUCAUCAGAGCCCAUUCCCACUCAACACAAACAAAAUCACAAUUUGCAGAUAAGUCAAUCUGAAAAUGGUAUGAAAAAAAAUCCUAAAUCGCCAAUUUAAAAAUCCCUCCAUUUGCAAAGUAAUAUUCAAAAAGGAGGUCUCUAUAUUUGCACCUAAAAUUAUUCCAAAAUAUACGACCUAUGUUAUUUGCAGGAAACAGAAUAGAACAACAACACAAAUUAUCUGAUGCUGCUGUAACAAUCUGCAAAUAUGAUUCGAUUCCCUGCUGUUGGUAGAUUGGACAAUGGCUUGUAAUUAAUUUUUGGGUUGAGUUUAUAUGCUAUUUCCCAAUCCCACCAAACAUUUUGAAUAGAGACUAUACUGCCCACUCUAGUAUAUUCCUGUACAUCCUCUGAAAUCCAGUUCUGUAGUACUUUGAGUUAAGCUUGACAUCAUUAUCCUGUUCAAAGAUCCAAUAAGGCCAAAGAAAAAGCUUCCUGACUUUUUCUCCUAGAAUUUCCUGAUGCUUAGUUGAAUCCUUCUGGCCCCCCAAUCCUGCAUUUUUCCUGUGCCAGAGAAAGCAGACCCAGAACAUCAUCUAGUCACUGCUACGCCUCACUCUGGACAGAGCUUUUUUUUCACCACAUGUUUAAUAUGUUCACUUCAUGCAUAUAUGGACAUUAGAGAAUUAAUCCAUAAUGCUCAUCAAAUAGU